AUGUUCAACUUCCUCCUUUUCUUGGCCUUCACCGGCCUCAUUCAAGCAGCCCCCAGGGAAAUCAUUUCCAUCAACACAGACUCUGGUCUUAUCCCAAAACUCUCAUCAGACUUCAACAAGAAUAAUGUUUCUUCCCAAUGGGCCCCAGGCUUUCCUAAAGAAUGGGGCGCUGAAGACUUUCGCUUACAGUUCAGCGAACCAGACCCCGAGGGUACAUUUAGUGCUGCUGUCAGCAGUGAUGAAAAGUACUUAGUCAUGGUGAACGGAACCCACGUCACCUUUGUGGACAUUGACACAAAAGCUACUGCUACUACACUUGGCUGGGAGUUGCCUGAAGGGUACAUGGCCUCGGAUUUGACCCUUCGAAAUGUACCUCAAGGUGGUUACGAUGUACUCGUAAAUUUCAUCCGGAGGCAGUAUGAUACUCCAGUCCGAUCAGCGCGCAUACGUCUUUCGGCAGACUUCGAACGUGUAGGAUCACAAGUUACCUAUACCGGAGGAUUUGGCGCGAUCAGCAAGCAAGGGAAAUAUGCCACUCUGUCGGGAUACAUUUACGAGUUGGACAAUGCGAGUAACAGCACGGUGAUUCUUGAUCAAACCAUCACAAUGUACUCUGUGAGCUUUUCUUCAAACGGUGAUAAGCUAUCCUCGGUGGAAUGGAACGCCCAAACCGCCGAUAUUUGGAACACUACGACAGGCAAAAGAAUAUAUGACAUCCCUCCAACUAAGGCUCAGAACUGGGUGACUAGAAUCUCUCCAGAUGGCAUGUAUGUCGCAUACGGCCUGGGAAGCGGCAAAAACAUUGUCCAGCUCUGGACACUCAGCAACUUCACCAAAUCUGAGAUCACUGGCUUCAGAAAUUGGCCUCGACACCUGGAAUGGAGCCCCGAUAACAAAUACCUCGCUGUUGGAGACUAUGGCCGGGUUCAAGUCUGGAAGCUGCCUGAAUUCAAACUGGUUCAGACUUGGAUGGUAGAAAACUACGAUCCCAUCGGGGUGUAUGAGAAUACCGGAUUUGCUUGGCUGGAUGGGGGCAAGAAGUUUUCUUUCAGGUACAAUCUUAGUUCGUACUUGUACGAUCUUGAAGAGAACACAAAAUGGGCGGUGUCACCUAGUACGAUGGAUCAUACCUGGGGUGAAGAGAGUCUUUUUUACCUCAAGAGCAAGGGCAUGUUGGCGACCGUCAAUGGGGAUUCGAGAGUGCGAUUUUGGAAAGUUUAG